ACCAGGAGCCCCUUUACCAACUGCCCUUCACUCUCUCCAGGAGCCCCUUCACCAACUGCCCCUCACCAGGCGCCCCUUCAAUGAGUGUCCCUCACCAACUGCUCUUCUCCAGGCGCCCCCUCACCAUUUGCCCCUCACCAGGGCAGGAUUUUUGAGAAGAUGGAGCUGUGCAGCAGCCUGGCCUUCAGGCGCCUCGUGUUCUCCGGGCGGAGGCCGGGCCCGGCGCCGGGGGUGCGGCAGGAGGACGCGCGGCUCGGGCGGGUGCCCGUGCGGCUGUACCGGCCGCGGGCGCCGGCCGCGGGCCCGCGCGGCGCCGUGCUGCUGUUCCACGGCGGCGGCUGGAUCUGCUGCGGCCUCGAUACCCAUGAAAGGAUCUGCCAGUACAUUGCCAAGGAAAGCGGCUCGCUGGUGGUGUCCGUGGGGUACCGUUUGGCCCCCGAGCACAAAUACCCCGCUGCGUACGAAGACUGUCUGAACGCCACCCAGCACUUCCUGCAGCACCUGGAGCACUACGGCGUGGAUCCUGCCCGGGUCACUGUCUGCGGGGACAGUGCUGGGGGCAACCUGGCAGCUGCUGUGAGCCAGACCCUGGCAGGCAGGUCAGACCUCCCCAGACUCCGUGCUCAGAUCCUCAUCUACCCAGGCCUUCAGGCACUGGACUUCAAUUUACCAUCCUACCAACAAAAUCAGGGAGUCCCUCUGCUACUCCGGGAACGUGCUGCUUUCUAUUCUUUGCAGUACGUACAAGGGGACACAUCAAAUCUGGAAGAGAUCUUGGAGGGCUCUCAUAUUCCUCCAGAUAUGAGGCUGAAGUGUAGGAAGUGGGUGAAUCCAGACAACAUCCCUGAGGAAUUUAAGGUCAGAGGCUACAAACCACACAAGCCCUGUGAAUUCAAGCCUGGAGUUUUUGAGAAAGUGAAAAGCAUCCGUGAGCCCACGCUGUGCCCACUGUUCGCUGAAGACAAAAUUAUCCAGCAGCUGCCAGAAUCUUUCAUCCUGACCUGCGAGUACGACGUGCUGAGGGAUGAUGGCUUGCUGUACAAGAAGAGGCUGGAGGACAAUGGGGUUCGAGUGACCUGGUACCACCUUGAAGAUGGAUUCCAUGGAAUCGUAAACCUAUUUGAUCAUUAUGGUUUGUCAUUUCCAUCUGGGAAAAGGGGAUUGGACAGGGUUGUUGCAUUUAUAAAAGGCCUGUAGAAAGAACUCUCCCUCAUUAUGCUUCUCCCACCAAUGACUUUGCUUAGGCUCUCACACUUCAGGUAGUGCUGCUCUGCAAGAAUGUGACACCUUUUGAUGUGUAAAAUAGUAUUUCUGAGAUCCAUGAGCUUCAAAUUAACACAGAUCUUUUCCUUGUGAGACUUCUGACAGUUCAGUCCUUUGACAGUACAAUUUCUCUAUAUGCUGUGGUUUUUUUUUCAAAUUGGCAUCUGAUUGAUUCCUUGUCUUUAAUUACUAAAUUAUUUACUUCUAUACAAAUAAUCUAUAUGGAAUGAUUUGGAUUAAAUGUUUUUCUCUACA